AUGAGCUGGCUGUAUCAUGUCCUCGCCUGCGGGCUUGUUGUUUCUGUGGGUGCCAAGCCAGUAGUGCUGGUCUAUGAGAUGUCUGCCGCCUAUUUGUCCGAUUUAGCCAACAGCGCAGCCAGUGCCAAGGUGGAGUUUCGGGCCUGUGAAACGCAUUGCGCAAUUUCCACCGACAGGAAGGAUGUCAUCGCAGCAGUCGGGAUGCCUCGGAAUUUCACGAGCUUGUACGAUUUGCCAAACUUGAAGCUGAUUCAAAGUACCACUUACAUGUAUCCGCGCCUGUCAUCUGUGCCCGCGCGCCCAAUUGUGGCCAAAUAUGAUGCACCGUGGCGAAUAUAUGGGGUUGAGCCCAUUGCAGAAUUUGUCGUUGCGGCCGCAUUCCAAUGGACAUACAAGUUGGCGGAGGUUUCCUCCAGAUUCAGGGCUUGCGCAUUUGGUUCCGGGGCGCCUGGCGGCUGCGCACCAGAUAGCGCAUUGACCGCCCAUCCAACCUUGAUGAGCAAAACGAUGGGUAUUUUGGGCUAUGGCACAAUCGGUGAGGCGGUUGGCAGACGAGCAUUUGCGUUAGGCAUGCGGGUCUUGGCGACACGACGGCAUGGCCCUUUUUCGUCCUGGCUAAUUGACGAUAACGACAAAUUGUUGGCAGAGAGCGAUUUUGUUGCUGUAACAGUUCCAGGUUCUGUCUUUCAUGUGAUCAACCGGACAGCCUUGGCUCUGAUGAAGCCUGGAGCCGUCCUUAUACCGAUAUCUUCGAAUCCUGUUGACUUCGAUGCGUUGUACCAGGCGUUGCUUACAAGAAGAAUUGGAGCCGUCCUUGAUGUUUGGCCACAAGGUUGUUGGCACUACCCCGACUCGUUCUGUGGCCCGCCCUACGGGCCUGAGGCGCAGCCCUACUUGCAGCCGCGGUUGGCGGAGCUUGACAACGUCCUUGUAUUACCAGGCCUAGCCAUGCGUGAUUCUAGAUUCUGGUCAAACAGCGCGGUCUGGGUGAGCGACAAUCUCGUUGCGCUUAUGGACGGCAUGCCGCUGAAAGGUGUUGUGCGGAAUGCCUCAGUCGACUUGGAGCAAACGGAGAUGCAAUUUGUCUGA